AUAAACCCGGCUCCGCCUGAAAAUCUGGCUGGGGGACCGACCGGCCCAGGAGCUAUCUGCUCUGUAUCCGUAGUCCGUACCCAUCCAGACAUCAUCGCCAUUGCACGCUUCGCUUGGUUGAUCGGCGGGGGCAGGACGGCAGCAGACCCUCGACUCUCGACCCUCUGCUCUUGACUCUCGAUCCUCGACAAUUCUCAAGGACCCCGCCGGGCCUGACUCUGUCCAAUCCGCCUCAACACCAUCGAGAAAGGCAGCAGAAAGCAGAAGACAAAACAAAAAGAUGGCGCCGACAUUACCACGGGCGCCACUGCGCUCCCUCUCCUCCACCAUCCUCCUCCCGUCCGCGACGGCCUCAAAAACAGCACCACCCACCGCCGCCGCCACCCUCCGAACAUUCAGCACCACACAAGCCCGGCGCGACGUCGACAUCCCCCCCGAGUCCCCGCGCUUCAUCAACCUGCCGGAGCUGCCCCAGUCCUCCGAGGACAAGCUCCCCCCCGUCAAGGGCGUGCUGCCCGUGCCGCGCGAGGUCUUCCACCGGCGCAACAACGGCAGCCACAAGAUCCAGGCCGACUUUGUCGAGCACACGGCGCCGCGGUCGCGCGCCGAGGCCGCGGGCGAGCCGCCCCGCUCCGACCGCGACGCGUGGCGGCGCCGCCUGGCCGAGUCGCGGCGCAAGGCCCUGGCGGCGGGCAUCGGCGGGCUGUGGGCGCGCAAGAACACGCGCGAGGGCCGCGCGAGGCAGCGCGCCGAGUCGCACCGCCAGCGCAACCUGGCCGCCGCCAACGCGCCCGAGGGCCUCGACGACGUCUUCACGCGCGGCACCGUGCCGCAGGCGACGCUCGAGACCAGGGUCGCCCGCGACCCGCUGUACCGGGAGAGGCAGCUCGAGUCGCAGGCGCGCACGGCGGCGCUGCAGCAGGCGCGGUCCGAGGCCCGCAAGGACGCCAUCCAGAGGCUGUACGUCGAGGCGGGCCGCUUCAUCGUCAGCGAGGACCAGCUGGCGCAGCGGGUCGAGGAGAUCUUCAGCGACGGCUACUUUAAGGGCACGGGUGUCUGGCAGGGCAAGACGCUCGCCGAGAACAUUUGGGAUAAGCACGGCUCGCCUACGCCAGUCAGGCACCUGUUUGCCGCCAUGAAGGGCACGAGCAGGUCGGUCGUCGAUGGCGCCCGCGAGACUGGAAUCCAGUUCACCACGCAUCGCCAGAAGAUGGUCGCUGGCGAGCUUACUGGCGGCGCUGUCUCUGCUGGGGGCGACGGGAAGCGGUAA